GGACAUCCAAUAGACACAGUAAAAGUAAUACAACAAGUGAAUAAUAGUACAGUAAAAACAACCGUUAGAGAUAUUUACCAUCAAGAUAAGUUGAAAGGAUAUUUUAGAGGAAUGAUGUUUCCGAUCUUAAGCGUGGGUGUUGCGAAUUCGGUAUUUUUUGGAACUUAUGGUAACGUGAUGAGGUUAAUCCAGAUACAACGCGAUGACAAUCAAACAAAUAAGAAUAUUGAUGUCAGGUUUUGCAGCGAUGCUGAAAAUUUACACAAUUAUUGGCAUAUGGAUGUAUUUUUAUCGGGUUGUAUUGCCGGCCUUCCUUAUGCGUUUAUAAACACACCAAUUGAAGUUAUCAAAACAUUGUUACAAGCAAGGAAUGUAAAAAAGCAAGACAAUAGGGAAAUUCCAAAAACAGAUGAUCCAUUAAAAACGACCAGUGCAUUUAAAUUAACUGGAGAACUUUAUAAGGUCAACGGCAUACGUUCACUGUUUCGCGGAGGAACAUUAUUGUUUAUUAGAGAUGUUCCUAGUAUGGGAAUUUAUAUGCUCUCAUAUGAACAUUUAUGUAGCGUGUUAACGAAAUUAUGGUAUUCUGAAACCAAAAACGAGUCAAUGCCAAUGCAUGUGCAAAUUGUGUCUGGAGGUGUAGCAGGCGUACUUAGUUGGAUCUUGGUGCUGCCGUUUGACGUGAUCAAAUCUAAAAUCAUCACGGACAGCCUCACGCAGCCGUUAUACAAGGGUGCGUGGGACUGUGCAAAGAAGACGUACAUUAAGGGCGGUGCGAAAAGUUUUUUACGAGGAUUUCGGUUACUUUGCAUAAGGGCUUUUCCCGUUAAUGGGAUAGCGUUUGCCACGUACGAAACGAUUAUAAGCAGCUGUAAUAAGAGAUCGGACCAACUCAACCAACUUAAGAAUACCACAGUUGAAUCUAAGUGGAUUUGA